AAACUAUUGUCCUCAUUCACACCAGCGAAGCCCGAAGACUCUGUUUGGCUCUGGUCAUCUUAGAGCUCUCCUCUCGCCAUCGCCAUCCUCUUCGUCGCCGGGUCGCUUCUAGAGCUUCUCGAUUGAAUCCUCCUCAUUGUUUAUUGUCUGGUGAUGCGCAAUAAGAGUUCUGCAGCUCUAGUGUUGCUGGAGUUUGUUUUCCAAGUCGAUUUUGUAUCGUGGGAGCGUUAGUUUAGAGCAGGGUGAAUGCGGAGUGAUCAAAAUGAGUGCACUCUAUUGGAGAUGACUCAGGACUGUGAGCCUGUUGAAGAAGGCGGAUGAGGGACGUGUAAGGCUUGUGUCGACAGAGACUCGCAGGCCUGGGGAAUAGACACGCGUUCUAAUAUCGUUGUGGAUUCUUUUGAAUUCACCACAUGAUGACGUUCUAGUGGAGGUUGCGUCGGCCGUGUUUUCUGCUUCUGGGAGUGGUUUUUGGUUUUGGUGGAGCUCAUGGCGACCCGUUGUCAGCAUGACUCACUCUUUCACGCUUUGUCAACGCGGGAGUUACGGCCUUGCAAAGUGAGAGGGAGGCCGCACAUGGGAAGGCUAUGUUCGGAGGGGGGCUCUUCGGGAUCAGGUGUACUUUCUGUGGAGCAUGAUGGGGUUCCAGCUCCGCCUCUCGCAGUAUCCUACAGCAAGAAAAGAGGAGAUGGACAUAUGCUCGCGGUGGCGGAUGAGGAGGGCUUUGUCAGUAUCUUUAACACUCGUCUUCAACUUCCUACCUUCAUGGCCACUAACUACGAAACAGAUAAGAUUAGGUUGAAGUCAUGGAUGGCACACACCAAUGCCAUAUUUGAUGUCUCCUGGAUACAGGAUGACACGCGCAUUCUGACAGCGUCAGGAGACCAGACGGUUCGUCUCUGGGAUGUCGAAUCUCACAAGGCUUUAGGAGUGAUGAGGGGUCACUCCGGAAGCGUGAAGUCUCUAUGUGCCCAUCCAUCUAAUGCAGAAAUUUUUGCAUCAGGGUCAAGGGAUGGGAGUAUAGCUCUAUGGGACCUGCGGACUUCAACAACUAUUUCUGGAACCGAAGUAACCCAUUACAGGCCCGUUUCAUGUGUCACAGACACCCACCUUGCCCCAAGGUCGAAGAACGUUCGUAGGAGAAAGGGCGCGACUUACAGCGUUACCGGUGUCCUGUAUCAACAAGACGAGCGCAUCCUCGCUACAUCUGGUGCAGCUGACGGUGUUGUUAAAUUUUGGGAUACGAGAAAACUGAAGGUUCCUGUGGUGCAAACGCCUUCACAGCACACACGGACGUCUGAAGGGGUGGGCCGUGUACACGGCAUCACAAGUCUCUCUCAAGACCCAACAAGUUCACGCCUCAUUGCCUCAUGCACUGACAGCAAGAUCUACAUGUAUGAUGGUGCAUUUCCCGAGCGGGGCGUAAUAUCGAGCUUCUCAGGCCAUAUUGUAGGAUCCUUCUAUAUCAAGGCUGCAUUUAGUCCUGAUAGUGCCCAUAUCCUUAGUGGCUCUACAGACGGCAACGUGUACAUAUGGCAGGUGGAUAAUCCUUCGAAUCCGGCGGUAUUAGAAGGUCAUAGGGGAGAAGUAACUGCUGUCGACUGGUGCUCUUCAAGUUGCAAAAUCGUCACGAGCUCUGAUGACUGCAUGGUACGGGUUUGGAGUCUGAAAGAGCAUGAGUUCACGCGCCACCAGUUGCCAUCGCUUUUCUGUCAUCGCCUUCAUUGUGUCUCCACUUCACCUUCAUCUACCUCGAACGAUGACGUUAGUGUCAUCCCAGAGACUCCCCAACCUAAGCAGCCGAAGUCCCUAGCCAGCACUCCAACUUCUGUCCUUGAUAGUCUUUCCGAGCUGCACCCAAAUUUGCCACAUGGGAGCUCUCCUAGAGCUAAGAGGGAUAUACGCCAAGUUUUGAGCCCUGUUUUCGAUGGGAGGAAACGGCCUCGCACUAUCCGGGAUUACUUUUCACACACCUAGGUGUGUUCUGUUAAUAUCAGAUGUACAAUGUAGCCUAGUCCUUGAUAUCAUUUUUUGAUGGCAUCAAAAUGUAUGCGCCACUUUUCAUCAAUCCUAAGCACAGAUAAUCAUGUCGAAUACUGCAGGCUGUUUUAUGUACCCGUGUGGAUGAUAUAAAUUUGGAACUUACAACAGCA